GUUUUAGUUCAUGUUGACUCCCUCCCUCUAGCCAAAGGCAAUAAAUACAAACCAACUGGUUAGAGUUUAGUCACUCCCUCAGACUUCCAAUAUAAAGCACAGAGGCAGUGGAACUGCAGCACCGUUAGGAAGUGAACACAUAAAGCAGGUAACCAGCGAGCUUGAGAAAAAUUGCAUCCAUGGCAUCCAUCGCAUCCAUAAGAGAUCAAAUCUUAAGUGUACUGAAUGACGAGCUUUCAGUGAAAGACAAUGGCAAAGAGCUGCUACAGCAGAAAAUUGUAUCAGUGGUACCCAAUGCAUCCAUGAGUGAUAAAAUCAUUUGUUCACUAAAAGAUGAAUUCCCAUUGCUGUAUACAGUGAACAAGUACCUUAUGAUAGACAUUGACAAAGUGCAGAUGCAACAGAUUCUUUCUACUCCGGAGGGCAUGCCUGAGAAGAUUAAAGAGUCGAUUGACCAGAUCCAUUUUACUGAUCCAAAGUAUAAUGAUUUUGUGCAGAACAUUAUCUCUCAGUACGAAGCCUUCAACAACAUGAUGAUGGAAAUCAAGAUGGAGCCACAAAAGGCUAUGCAACACAAGGAGAAAUUCAAGAACAACUAUAGGAAACAAAACAGCAGCCAGCAGUUGACAACCUUUAUUGAAGACAUCAAGAGAGAGCCCUCUGAACUGCUGAAAGAUUAUAUGAAAACAAAUACAAGUGUCCAAAUGGAGGAUAUGUUUAAAUAUCUGGAACUUCUUAUCUACAGGGGCAUUGUAGUAGAGAUGGCCAUCAUUGCAGUCCUUAAUGAACUGGAGUUCAUGAAGGAGUGGGGCGAAAGAUUUAUCGAAAUUCAAACCAAGUUUCAGUAUACUCUGAACAUGUGUGAAUGAAAAUGUACAGUGAUGCCAAAUUUACUGACAGUUUGUUAAACCAUGGCUGUCUUAUUUUCCACUGAUUUAUAAUAAUGAUAUUUCUGAUUUUCUGAUUUCUGAUGAUUUUGAUAUAAUAAUAAAAUUCUGAGCUUUCAGUAAUAUAAUGGGCAACAAGGACACAACUCUUUUUUUUUUCUCUUUUGUUUCUAUGCUGUUAUGGUGGACGUAUUAUAUAACAUUUGUGAAUUUUAUGGAGAAUUUUAUUUACGUUGUAUGAACAAUUAAUCUGUUUUAUUAGCAAUAAAUUUGAUUAAAAAUAUUAUUCCAGAUCAAA